AUGGCCAUUCUCCUCCCCGUCCGCGUUGGACCCUGUGCUCUGCUAAACCUACCUUCCGUUGAUCACACUCCUACGCUAAUCACCAACGGUAUCCAAGAGCGGCAUAGGCAUGGCUCUCUUACCAUGGCUGAUAUGCCAGUUGACGUGGCGAGCAACUUCAUGUCCCGUGGAGGUGUCAUCCCUAAUCUGCGGGGCAUUCGCCAGCGAGUGGCAGCGAUGUUCCGUUCUGCUUUCCUCUCUCCACCAAAUUUGGUGAGGUGGACUGGUUGGGUCGAUUGA